AUGCGAAGAGAAUCAUUUGAUACGCCGCUACACGCCUUGAAGAUUCACGCUCAGGCUUCAGGGUCUAUCAGGGCUAGAUCGAUCACUGUUCAAGUGGCAAAAGAAUUCGAUUCUUGUUACGUUUGGGAGGAUCAGAACUCUUCCAUGCUCCAACAAGUAAGCACAUACACAGCACCUAUAUUCUUCAGCGCGAUGACAAUGGAUACAAUUGAGGCAUCAUGCUAUUAA